UUCGCCUCAAUCGUCCGCUCCCAUCUCACCCUUCUUCCUCAGACGUCCCCUUCUCAUACAAAAAAGCAAAUCGCCCUCUCCCAUCUCACCUUUUCUUCAUUCGCCUCAAUCUCCUCAAUCGUCGCCUCAAUCGUCCGCUCCCAUCAUUGCACGGUUACUCCCACAGAUCAUAGCCCUUUCUUCUUCACCCUAUUCUCCCUUACCAUUUCGCAGCGCCGUAUCUAACAAUUGCGCAGGACCGCUCUUCUCUGACCCAGCGCUGCUGGAAUCGAUCAAAGUGUUCGCAUCAACAGUUGCGGUACCAUGAAGAGUUCAUUUGCUGGUGGAAUCGACGACGGAUUCCGUAUCCAAUGUUUAUCAGUUAUGCUCUAAUAUGAAUAGGAGCAGCUCUUCAACCCUUCUUCAAUGCCACACCGCCGCUCGACUACGAACAUCGAAGCUCCUCCUCCCUUCUUUCAAACCACUCCGCCGCUCGUCUACAGACAUCGCAGCUCCUCAGCCCUUCUUCUGCACAACAUCGCAGCUCCUCAGCCCUUCUUCUGCGCAACAUCGCAGCUCGACUACGGACAUCACAGAUCCUCUACUUGACAUUGCACUACUUAGCAAAGCAGAAAAGAGCGAGGGUGGCGUAUAGAUGGAUGAUGAGGAGAAAAUAGCUGAGUGUCGUUCUCCCUGAUACACCAGCCCUCCCACGUCACGAGCCACCGAUCUUCCAUCGCUUUCGGCCUCUAUCCAUCCCAUAGUCUCACCCACCUCUAAUCUGGCCGAUUAAGGUUGCCCAAAGAAUAGGAGUUCGGGUUUGACAGAUUAACUAAGUAAAAUGGAUAGAUCACAAAGGCAUUACGGAGCGGGUAUUACAAGGCAGUGUACAAUUAAAUUUGGUGCUGAUUAUUGCAACGCCAUUGGUGACUGCGACGCAUGGGAGGAAAUAGUUUGAAUGGUAUUUUCUUAACGACCUCUAGUAGUGGUUUUGAAGAGUUUUCUAAAAAAUUAAGUGAUUGUUUUUAGUUGAAUUAGGAGUGUAUGGAAAGUUGUGAAGACUGGGGAUUAAGCAUUGAAUAUCGCGAAGGUAACCACAUGUAAUUUCUGUUACAUUUCAUAUUAGGAGUGUGGUUCUGAUGAUUCCUGAUGAUAGGUUGUUGUAGUCGUGAUCACUGGGUGUUCAGGUUGAAUCAAUAAGUAAUAUUUUUGUGGCUUUAUUCGCUCUAUAAUCGGGGGGCUGGCAGAAUUCGGACAUGAGAAGCCCUUGGUUAAAAAAACUAUCCUCCGUUUUCGGCCAUAGUCCACCUCUUAAUUGGUUACUCUUGCUUCUUGUCAGCAUCUUUGUGCUGAUAGCUUUGUUGGGGUCAUCUUCUUCUAGUACUUUUGAUUCUGUGUCUUCAUCUGCCAAACCUAAGCUUUAUACAAAUUAUAGAAGGUUAAAGGAUCAAGCAGCUAGUGAUUACUUAGAGCUAAGGAGCAUUUCCCUCGGAUCUUACCAUAUAAAGGAUGUUGGUCUUUGUAGCAAAGAUAAAUAGAAUUAUGUGCCUUGCUACAACGUGACUACAAAUUUACUUGAUUCAAUGAUGGGGAGGAAUUUGAUCGGCAUUGUGAGAUUUCACGGGAUUUGCAUCAUUGUUUAGUUCAUCCUCCCAAAGACUCUAAGAUUCCUCUAAAUUGGCCAGCAGGCAGGGAUGACAUCUAGAGUGGAAAUGUGAAAUUAACAAAAGACCAUUUCCUGUCAUCUGGAAGCAUGACAAAAAGAGGAGAAUCAGAUUGCUUUUCACUCAGAGGAUGGAGUGGCAUAUGAUGGCGUAAAAGAUUACUCUUACCAAAUUGCAAAAAUGAUUGGGUUGGGAAGUGACCAUGAACUUCCUCAAGCUGGUGUGCAGACUGUGUUAGAUGUUGGUUUUGGGUUUGGUAGCUUUGGGGCUCACUUACUCUCCUUGAAUUUGAUGUCCCUGUGUGUAGCAGCAUAUGAGUCUUCAGGUAGCCAGGUCCAAUUAGCACUUGAGAGAGGUCUUCCAGCAAUUAUCGGAAACUUUAUCUCAAAACAGCUUCCGUUUCCUGCAUUGGCAUAUGACAUGGUUCAUUGUGCCCAAUGUAGCAUCCUAUGGGACAUAAAAGGCGUUCAACGUUCAAGAGUCAUUCACCGAUCAAGAAAUCAACGAGACACGAGAGCGUUGAGCGUCAUUUUUCUGCGAAGCUACGGAUAUUUGAUAUAAUUUUUAGACUCUUAGCUAGUUUUUUAUGAGUCUUGUGAACUCAUAGUUUUAGUGAAUUCAGAGUUAGUUUUUGAUGAAUGUUGUGAACUCAUACCUAGUUUUUGCUGAAUAUUUUUGGAUCAAAACAAUGUGAAUGUGGAAUUUUAUUAGUUAUGAGAAAUGAUAUGUGUUUACUUUGU